UUUCAGAGACUGAUUAUAACACCAGGUCUUUCUACUGCAGUCCUCAGAGCAGCAUCAUGAUGGAGAAGAUCUUGCUGGGAGUCUUGUGUCUUUUAGACUGGGUGGUCCUCUCCACCUGCCUCCUUCCUCAGUACCAUUUUGUUAAUCAAUUAUUGAAUUGGACUGAAGCUCAGACCUACUGCAGACAGAAGCACACAGACCUGGCCACCAUCCUGAACUCUGAGCACCAGAACCAACUCAUCGACACUCUUACAUCUGCUGGACACAGCUCUGAGGUCUGGAUUGGUCUGUUCAGUGAAAUCCACUGGAAAUGGUCUGAUGGUUACAAUGGGAGUGGAGCUGACUACAGAGACUGGCAAACAAAUCAACCAGCUUUUUCCCAAGAAGAUGAGUUAUGCACAGCUUUUCACCACAGAGGGGAAUGGUAUGAUGCGAGCUGCUCAGAGGAUCACCAGUUUGUGUGCUACAACGGGUCGCCUUUGGAUCCUGAAUUUGUUUAUGUGAAUACAGCGAUGAGCUGGUCCAAUGCUCAGAUUUACUGCAAAGAAAACUUUACUGACCUUGCCACCAUAAAAAAUGACACAGAGAACCAGCAGGUCCACAGCCUGAUACCUAAGGAUGACCAUGCAUGGAUUGGUCUAUAUAGAGAUCCUUAUCUUCUCUGGUCCGACGGGAACAGUGUCCUCUUUACCAACUGGAAGUACAUCAUUAAUAUGAUUGGCUCAAUGACAGUCAUAUGCGGUGCUACAUCUACUCAGAUAUCAGGGAGAUGGCAGUUUUUGCCCUGUGAAACAAGAUUACCAUUUGUCUGUUAUGACAUUCCUGAAAUGAAAAAACAGUUAGUGAGGCUCAGACUUCAAGCAGACGGCUCUGUGGACCUGAAUGACCCUGUUCUAAGAGAGCGCAUCAUGAAAAAGCUCCAGAACAAACUGCAGGAGAACGGAGUGAGUGGAGUUACCCUGAAGUGGAGAGAGCAGCCUGAUGGGAAAGUCUUCAAAAAGGAGAAGAAAGAAUUAUAA